UGUUGUUCAAAUAUUUCCCGCUUCGAAAGAUUCUCACUGUUUAUUGGUUCAUUAUCCGGCUGUUGCGCAUGUGAACACAACAUUAUUGACAACAAUAUCAAAAUGCCGAAUCUUUUCAUUUUUUUUCUUUUUAAUAGAUAACACAAUUCUAAAUUAUAUUUCAAAAUUUCAAACAUUAAGAAAUAAUUAUUAUCACAAACAAUGUCUACUUCUAUUGUAUUUUGGAUUAUUUACACGUAACAACAAUGUGCCUACGUGUAUGCGUGCAUUUUUAAAACUGCCAUUUUGAAAAUUACGCCACCUAGCGGAAUUUUUUGCAAAUAAAAAAUGCGGUAUUGUAAACUGACAUUUAAUGUCACCCGUGUGUUGACACUUGUCAAAUGUCAUUCCAUAAAAAAUCGAAUAUUUCUAAAAAGAAAAAUCUUCCAAUAGUGACGAUUAAUAAAAAUAUAUAUUAAGUUGAAGAAAUUAUUCUUGUAAUUAACUUUAAUUAAACAUUUUUUUUUUAUAUUCUCUUUACGAUAAAAUUUUUGAAGAAAAACGAAAAAGGUGUUCACGUGUAAUACUACUUAACCCUUUUGUUUUUGAAAAUUCUCAAUUUUAAAUGGAUUUCAAUGUGGAUGUUAAAAUUGAAGUGUGAAUUUAAAAAAAAGGAUUUCAUCUAAAGUUGGAUUAGAGGAAAAUAAUAAUAGAUUAAAAAUUUGAAAAAAAAAAAAUAAAGGUGACGAAAAAUAUGGCGACAAUGAAUGAGGCGAGACUUGACAUGUAUGAUGACGGAUCGUAUUCGUUAGAUCAACAAAAUGUCGAAGGAGAAAUAACAACUGGACCAAUGAGGCAAAAUACAAAUAUUGAAGGUCCGGAAUUUAAUACAUUAGAUGAACCAAUUAAGGAUACAAUUCUUAGAGAUGUCAGAGCAGUUGGAACGAAAUUCUUCUUAGUGCUAUAUCCCAAAGAAAAGAAAAGUUUGCUCAAAGAAUGGGAUCUUUGGGGACCAUUAGUUUUAUGUACAUUCAUGGCAAUGAUUUUACAAGGUUCUCCAGAAAAUGCAAAUUCGAGAGAUGGAGGUCCUGAAUUUGCCGAGGUUUUUGUCAUAGUGUGGAUUGGAUCCAUGGUAGUCACUUUAAAUAGUAAAUUAUUAGGCAGCAACAUAUCAUUAUUUCAGAGUGUGUGCGUUUUAGGAUAUUGUCUAUUGCCAAUAGCAAUAGCAUUGAUACUAUGCAGAAUUAUUCUUUUGUUUGAUCACAAUCCCUAUAGAUUUGUCAUCAGAUUCAUUAUUUCAAUGACUGGUUUUGGAUGGGCGACAUAUGCAUCAACGGCAUUUCUCGGUGAUAGUCAACCUGAUGGAAGAAAAGCAUUGGCAGUUUAUCCAAUUUUUCUCUUUUAUUUUGUAAUCUCGUGGCUUGUAAUUUCACACACGACAUAAAAUUAUUAUUUUCAAAAAGGAAUUUUGAAAAAAUAAAUUUUCGGAAAGAUUCUAGCUCCGCGAAAAUCACGUUAAGUAUAUGUCAUUUGUCAAUAUAUAUAUAUAGUAAAUAUUGAUCGUAAUUAACGAUACUAAUUUGUAGAAUA